AUGUACAUAAAAGGUAUUUGGAAUUAAGUAGACUAAUACUAAUAGUUUACUUAGCCAGAAUUAAGUAUAAGAUUACAAAAAAUCAGUAAAAAUUCUUCCUUUGUUUAUCUGCUUUGUACGAACAAAGAAAUAGUCCUCUGCAAAGUAAUUUAGUGUAAUCAUAAACUUAGGAACCCAAUUAUGGCUAAGCCUAUAAAUAUUUAAGAAUCGGAUUUGAUUAUAAGUUUUAAGUUUUGAGAAGUCCUUCUCUUUUGAUAAACCCCUCUUUGUCAGAAUGGAAGGGAGAUAACAUUAAACAAAUGGGGGAAAUUCUAGCCAUUAAAUUAUUCAGAGAAAAUACUAUAAAGUAAUGCGAGUUAAAAGGAUCUUUAAGAGACUUGCAAAUGCUUAGGAAAUUUUUAGGGAAUAGAAUGAAUUAGGUUGGCUUCCAUUAAUAUUUCAAAGUACACAAGUUGAUUGGUUAAGGAAGUUUUGCUUCAGUAUACUUAGCUACUAGAAUUGAGGAUGGAAUGAAGAUGGCGGUAAAGGCCUUCUGUAAGAAAGUCGUCUAUAAAUAGGAGAAAGGAUAAGUAAAAAAGAUUUAAAUUUAUCAUAGGAGGGCCUGGUUAAUGAAAUUCAAAUAAUGAGAGAUUUAGAACACCAAAAUUUGAUGAAAUUACAUGAAGUUUACGAAACUCGAAACUCAAUUUAUAUGGGCUUAGAAUUACUAGAAGGUGAUUUGCUUUAUGAUCUUCACAAAAUAAAAAGAAAAUUUACAUCUUGGGAGAUUUACACCAUCAUGAAAGGUCUCUUAAAUGGUCUGACUUACAUUCAUGAAAAGGGUCUUAUGCAUAGAGAUCUAAAAUUGGAAAACAUUCUCUUUAGAGAGCCUGAGUAAUGAGUCUAAUUUAUUUUUAUAGUAACUUCAAUUCUGUUGUUAUUGCAGAUUUUGGUUUGGCCACUUAUGUUGAUCACAUCCCUUACAUUUUUACAAGGUGUGGCACUCCAGGAUUUGUGGCACCUGAAAUCAUCAAUUUAUAGAACGAUUCCUAAACCUAUGGAGUUAUCUGUGAUAUGUUUUCACUUGGAGUCAUAUUUUAUAUCUUGACCACAGGGUAACCUGCUUUUAAAGGCACAAGUUAUAACACUAUUGUUAAAUCGAAUAGAGCAGGGUUUAUUGAUUUAUAAACGGAUAAGCUAAAUUAAUCAUCUUGGAAUUUGAAAGACCUGUUAUAUAAGAUGCUUUAGCGUGAUCCUCAAAAUAGAAUUACUUCUAGGUUGGCCAUUCAACAUGAUUAUUUUCGUUCUUUUGAUGAGGAUGAGCUGGCUUUGAUGUAAACAGAUGAUGAUCCUGGACUUGAAGAAAUAAUAACAAAAUUGAAUUCAAAAUAGAUUAGAUUGGAUCUCAGAAGGCUAAAUUAAAGUAAUGAUGAUCAUUAAAUUUGCAAAACUCAAGAUCUGAAAGUCAGUUAGAGUCAAAGUGAUCAAGAAUAGUUAAAUAUGGUCAUGAGAACUCCCCUUCUUACAGGAAGAGUAAGAUUUACAGAAGGUUUUUUUGCUUUGUUAUACUUAGGCUCACCAAAUCAGUCUAUUCAGUCUUCGGAUUUGAUUCUCCAAAGUCCUGGUUAGGAUUAAAAUUAAACGAAAUGGCUUAAAUCAUUUUUAUUAUGA